GACCCUGAAAAGGAUAACCCGCAGAGAAUGGAUGGAUGGAAUAAGGGGGUAACAAGUCAGGUUUGUUACCCCUUUACCUCCAAGCCCUGAAAGGUACAGUGUGCUAACAAUGUAAGGUGGGAAAAUAUUGGUUGUUUUUCUGUGAAAUGACUGUGUACUUAAAAUUACUUACAUUAUAAUUUGUCCACUUCUUCUGCACAAUACCCAGAAUUUAGGCAUUACUUAAAGUUAUGCGAUACUUACAUUUACUUACAAUUACAAUUAAGUAUGAAGAACGUUUUCCACUACGUUUGCACUACUUAAAAUUACUUAUGCAGUAUUUGAAAUUAUGUACAGAAUAAUUUACAUCUCCUUUCCUGUCACAUACUUUAAGUUAUACAAUAUUUCAAAUUAAUCAGGCACUAUUUAAAAUGAGGUACACAUUAUAAUUACUUAAAGAUUAAUAAAUUUUUCUUGCAGAUUAAUAGUUUUUGUUUCCUGUAAUAAUCUGAUCUAUUACCCCUAUUUCUAGUGCACCUACCUUUAAGUAUUUGCAGAUAAAUAUAAUUGCAUUGUAAUUUCAAAUAUAAUACCCUGAUAUUCAAUUUAAUUACAGGAGAAUUAAGUGACAGGCUGUAUUAUAAAGUGUUACCGACAAUUAUUGUUCAUCAUUCCAGUAAAGGAGCCGUAUACUUUCUAAAAGUGUAGAGUCUAUGCACUUUAACCAUAGUUUUGCUUGGUGUAAUAAUCUGUCCUGUUUAAAAAAAUCACUUUGUAACUUAUUUACAGAAAAAUACUUCCUCUUCAUUUUACAGCGCCUUCGUAAAAACGCUACAGAAACACAAGGAAGUGCUGCAGCAUGUCAUACGUCUUUCAUAUGAUGUGUGUGCUGACUGCAGACAGACUUGAAUUAUGUGAACUCUUGUUCUCCUUGUUCGCACUGUCUUUAUCUCUCUUCCAGGAAACAGGUGAGUGGAGCUGACCUGGUUAGAGAUGCACCACACCCGAUCAGGCAGGGCUGAGGAGACUGUGGCUGAGUUCCAAUCCAGACAAUGCACCCUCCCCCUACACACUUUCACUCUAUCUGCACGGAGGAUAAACAUCUUCAGCUGCCUGGGCGACUGAAAAAGCUCUUUGUGUUUUAUAUUCAUACUCUUAACGCAGUGACUGCAUACUUAUUCACAUGACAGAUUUACUUUCUUAAUUUAACACUGUGUCAUUAUAUAGAUUGUUACAUACUUUUGGGGCACAUUGUGGCAUGCAUAUAAGAAAGAACAGUUUCAUGAGUUUUGAGCCUUCUUUCUGAGCUCAGCUCAUGUUAAAAUGCUCAGUUUUCUACAAAAAAACAAAAACAGUUUCUGAAAUCUCCUGGUGAAAUUGUACUAAGUCUUAUUAUUGGAUGACUGGUGGAUGCCGAUACAGGUGGCUGUAGCUACUAGCUCUCUGCUUUGCUUCACUUCUGCUAACUGGAGUAACUGGGUUGUGCUUUUGAUUCCUUUUGGACUAUUCAUAAUGCCUUUAUCUUACAAAUAAUACCGUUUUCUAUGCCAUAUUGUUUGCCAUAUAAUUAUACUGACUGAGUGUGUGUAAAAUUCUAGGAUUUUAUUUGGAUCUUGCUCAUUAGCAGGCCUCUGGGACUGUGUAAUGCACCCAUAUGGUCUUUGGGUGCAGCUUGCUAAACCAUCUCAUCUUUAUCUUUAAGCCUCAUGGCAUGAUGGGAAAUGCUAUCCCUUGAUAUGAUAUUAGCUUAAGCUGUGAUUUAUUGUUAACAGUCUCUCUAUAAUCUGUGUUCUGCCUGAAGCCUGUUCAAAGGGAGUUCUUCCUCCCCACCAUUGCCAAGUGUUGCCCACAGGAUUCUUAUGAAUACAUUUUGAGUUUUCAUGGCUGGCAUCACUACAGCAGCUGUAUAGUGGUUAGCACUACCAACUCGAGGGCCCUUUCUGUGUGCAGCCUGUACGUUAUCCUUGUGCCUGCAUGUUUCCUCCAGAUGCUCUCGUGUCCUCCCAUAGUUCAAAGACAUCCAUGCUGGGCUAACUGAUGAUUCUGGAUAUGAAAUAGAUAAAGUGUAUACAAUGACUGGUAAGUAAAUGGGGAAUGUUAACUACAUAAUCUUUGGAUUUUUUAAUUCUUGACUUCCUCAAUAGUUCCUCAACAUGAUUACAAUUUUUUUUUACAUUUAGCCAGGCACUUAGGACACAACACUUUCUAAAUUCAAGCCCCUGUUUCUGUUGUAAUAGCAAGAAAUUGUGGAUGUAGUAAUGCAUGUAUUCACAGUGAGUAUUGUUUACGCCAACUUACUGUCAUGUCACUGUGAAAAAAGAGUACUUUUCAGACCUGCUUGAAUUGUUUGCUGCAAUAUUUUUAUGAACCAUAAAUAUUGUGACGCAUUUAGAGCUUUUAUUUUAUUUCUUUUUAUAUUGGUGUCACCAUGUUAUCAUUAGAAGAUGCAGGAGUGAAUAUAAAUGUUUCUCUUGUUUUACUUAGUGAGCAUUCUCAGUAAUGGAUUCUUCUGCAGUGACUAAACAGAGGUCGCGGUUCAUCCAGCAUUUUAUUUAGCGGUGUAUCGCUAAAGAGGAGGAUGGUUUUGUGCUGUAAUGGAAGGGUGAUGAGGAUUUUAAGGUUGGAGUGAGAAUGCACAGAAGGAAACUGUCAGAGGUUAGCUGCUGUUGCUGUUGCUGUUGCUGCUGCUGCUGCUACUCACACCUACACACAGAAUAAGCCAACAAACCUUGAUUUCCUCCUACACAACAACUGCACAUUAAGUCUGGACUCUAUCCUGUGCAUCACACACACUGACAAACAUUUCCUCCUGUAAUUAGCACAUUUCCUCCCCUCCAAAAAUUCAGGACCAUCCACUGUAACCCAGUGACUCCCAUUAUCUGCGGGAAGUUAAUUUGUUCAUUUACACAGGAUGACCUCCCGCAUGUGUUGUCCGUGCACCGCCGAGCUCCCACGCCACUAACACUGUCCUCCGAACAACAUUCUUUGAUUUGUCUUCCUCUUUCCUUCUCGCUGCUCAACCCACUCUGUCCUGUUUAUCUGCCUCUUCAUCGCUCUCAGGCUCCCUUUUCAGCUGAUGGAGCUUAUUGUGGACAAAUAGGCUUACAAGUGUCUCUAUGGCAACGGCGGAUCGUAAAGAGCUACAUAAGCACUUCAUCAGGGGCCAUGAUCCAACGGCUCCCAUUGGAGAUGGUGCCCCCAACCUCCUGCAACAAGUAAAGGCAGGCCAGAGAGGCUCCUGGGAGGAGGAGGGGAGAGCGAGAGGUGGCGAUAAUGCUGAGAGAGGAUGGAAGAGGAGGCGAGAGAAAAACCAUUUCUCCUCUCUCUUCUCUCUGCGUUUCAUUCAGCCAGUCUCUUCGACAUCCACCCAGCUCUUCUGCUUCCUGAGGACUUUUACUGUCCGGCUCUACGGUGAUUUUAUAUCUUGUGGAGACCAAAGAAAACUUCAGAAACAAGGAAGAGUGAACAGUGAAGGAGGACGCGGCCAUGGCCUCCUGGUUCAGCUGGAACGAACCGUAUUACCGGUCUCCCCGCCGGGACCCGGCCGACGUGGUCACCGACACCCUGAUGCUCGAGUUCAGCUGGCAGCUGAAGGAGUCUGAGAAGCAGCAGAGAGAGAGGGAGAACGAGUACCGACGCACAAAGACUGGGGUCGACUACAGCUGGCUAGCCAGCACGCCCCGGUCCACCUACAACAUCAGUACAGGCGAGAGGCUUGGCCUGGAGGACCUCUGUGCCAAGGUGCCCCCAUCCUGUUGUGGGCUGGUCAUACUCAAGUUCAGGGAGGCCAUGCAGGCCAAUGAGCCCGAAGUGCAUGAAGUUUCUGGUCUGUUUCGCUCUGUCCUCAUGGAGGCUCUGGAUCACCUGAAGGAGGAGCAGGAGGCGGAGCGACUUGCUCGCCAGUGGAACAACAAACGUGCCAUGAGCGUUUCCCUCAUGAACUUUAGAUCGCGGAUCAAGAUCAACCCGUUUGGAAGCACAGUGGGCCUGACCACUGCUGCAGCUGAAGGGGCGGGUCUAAGCGACCUCAAAACCGUGUCAGAGGACGUGGAGAGAGGGAUGGACAAGGACGAGAAGAUGCAGAGAGUGUGGAGCAUGCCUGACUUUAGAUACAAAGGAACCGGCAGCAGUAAGAUUGUUUGAUGCGGGAGUUCACGGGACAGAGAUGGUGAUGAUGAUGAUAAUGACGUUUCAGUAGGACUAAUGCUUUGUAGCAGUGUCCACUUUUGCACCAGGAGAGAGGAUGAGUCCAUCUGUCCGCCUGGUUUUACAGUACAGUACCAAUCAGCAUUUGACCCUGCUUUACUCUCUUAUCUGAAGUGUCUUUUUUCUAGUUUAUCAUAUUUUAAAUAUUUUUCCGUACUUGAAAGAAUUUUCCUGAGAUUAUCACUACUUGAAGUGAUGCCUCUUUCAUUUUGCAGAGAUUUGGCAUCUAAGCACUGAGGGCUUUUUAAUGUAGCCUAAUAGGGAAAUUAAUCUAAUUUAAACUGCUGUUUAUUGGGAGGAGAAACUUGGUGCUAGGUCAGACUACACAGGCAGGGCUGGGCUAUAAAUUUUGUUCAUACAGUUUUUGUAUAGAAGGAAAACAGUCUUAAAACAAAUGACUUAAUCCAAUGAGAAGGUGAGUCACACGUUCCCUCCUGAACUGCACAGAAGGACCCAGGAACAUAAUUCAUCAUCCAAGGUCGGUGAACUGAAAGCUCUCUUCCUGUGCUCUUUAUUUGCAAGAGGAUGUUGGAGGGGAGGGGUUGGGGGAAGAGGAAUUAAUCAUCAAAGGCUGUCAGAUCAAAGUAAAAGCUUUGACGCACUUUAA